AUGAAACUUCUUGUACUCAUUCUUUGUGUUACCAUGGUCUUUGCCAUGCUUGCUGUCAGCGUGUCCACUCAUCCGAUGGAGGAAGAAAAACUCGACACCACUCCCUAUCAACCGAAGCUGCGCAGCACUCGUGACACUUGGGGAGGGAUCAACUCUCGAGGGCAAAGCUACUGCAACACGUGCUCCAAUUGUCGCGGUGGCGGUUGUUGUGCCUACAUUUGU